CUUUUGAAAUAUGGGCCAAUUUUUUCUGCCUACUCUUUUGAAGUAUAUAGAGUGAUGAACAAACAAAGCUGUACAAAAUCUUGAAAGAAAUUGAAGAAGAAUCAAGAAUCAAGGAGCUAUGAACCAGGCAGUACAGAAAAACACUCUGUACGUAGGAGGAUUAGCAGAGGAGGUGAAUGAGGCAAUACUACAUGCUGCGUUCAUACCAUUUGGGGAUAUUAAGGAUGUGAAGACCCCAUUAGAUCAUGCCACUCAAAAGCAUCGAUCUUUUGGGUUUGUGACCUUCCUUGAAAGAGAAGAUGCUUCCGCCGCCAUGGAUAAUAUGGAUGGUGCUGAGCUUUAUGGACGUGUACUUACUGUUAAUUAUGCUCUUCCUGAGAAGAUUAAGGGUGGUGAACAGGGUUGGGCUGCUCAGCCAAUUUGGGCGGAUGCUGACACAUGGUUUGAGAGGCAACAGCAAGAAGAGGAAAUGAAGCGCCUUCAGGAAGAGCAGAAGGCUGCAAUGCAGGUAGCGGAAGACUUGCAUAGAAAAAAGAUGGCUGAGGAAAGAGAAGGUGAAAAGGAUGAAGACCCUAUGGCAAUGGCUGAAGCUGAGGUUUUGAAACAGAAUGCUACUUCCUAAUCAUUUUGGAUGGCCGAGGAGCUUGAGGUACUCGUCAUGCUUGUAUAGAUGAGCAAGUUGUUCCGUCCUUUUACUUGACCCCGUAUCUUAUGUUGUUAAAUGGCAGCAACUGUUUUUACUCUACUAACUUCAAACUUCAUGUUCGAGUUUGUCAGAUAACUAUUUUUACUCUUCUAUGGCUCAAGUUCACUUGUGUUUCAACCUACAUAAGGUUUAUAUAGCUUUGCUGCUUUAGAAACCUAUUGAUGCCUCACAUUGCAUCUAGGGUUUGGACGUAAAUCAUCGAAAGAAAAUUGUUGUACCCUAAGUUUGAUUUACUGUAUCGAACCUAGGGGUGCAUAUUGAUCGAUUCAGUCAGGUUUUUGGUUAAUCGAUUAUUGACUUGUAAGACAUACAUCGCCAUUGAAUAAGAUUGAUUUACAAAAUUGGAACUA